AUGAGUGAAGGUGAAUCUUCUACUAAUUCUGCAUCUAAUACAACCACUACUUCAACAGCAGAACAAAGAUUUCUAGAUAAUCGUUGGGUAGCUUGGAAUCGUAAAGAUACAUUUAUGGAAUAUGUUGAUAAUGAAUGGAAAUAUAUAACUGAUGAAAAAAUUAAAAGUAGUUUACGUGUUAGAUGGGAUCCAAUUGUAAAUGAGGAAUUUCUUGCAAUGUAUAAGAUGAAUUAUGGUACUGAGGAAGAGGUAGAGGAAAAAGUUAGUCAAAGUGAGGCUAUUAAAAUGUAUAUGGAAGAAAAAGAACAUAUUGAGGAGAAACAUAAUGAUAAAAUAAAUGACAAUAAAGUAAUUAUAAAUGAUGAUAAACAAAAAAAAAAUAAAAAUUCUAAAAGACCUGCUGGAUGGAUUGAUUUUGAUGAAGAAAAAAAUACAACUGUUUAUGUUCAAGGUUUACCAUUAGAUAUUAAUGAGGAAAGAUUUAUUGAAAUAUUUAGUAAAUGUGGUGUCAUACAAAAUGAUCCUAGAACAAAUCUUCCAAAAAUUAAACUUUACAAAAAUGAUGAUGGUUCUUUAAAAGGUGAUGGAACUUGUAGGUACAUUAAACGAGAAUCAGUAUUCUUAGCUCUUCAAAUUCUUGAUGGUAUGAAACUUGAAGAUGGUUGUGAAUUAAAGGUGGAAGAGGCUAAAUUUAAGAUGAAAGGUGAAUUUGAUCCAAAAAAAAAGAAAAGAGGUUUAACAGUUCAAGAAAAGAAAAGAUUUUUAAAUAAACAAAAUAAAAUAUUUGAAUUUAAACCUGAUCUUCCAGUUAAUUAUAGACCAAAAUCAGAUUGCAUUGUAAUUAUAAAAAAUGCUUUUGAUAUAAAUGAACUUAUUCAAGAUGCUUCAUUGUUAUUUGAUUUGAAAGAGAUGGCAAAUGAAUUACUUAAUAAAUAUGGACCAGUCAAAAAAGUUAUUGUUUAUGAAAAUCAUCGUGAAGGUGUUAUUUCUGGUAAAUAUAAUAACACAGAUGAAUCAGAUAUGGCUGUUAAACAUUUAGAUGGUUCAUUUUUUCGCAAUCGUAUAAUAUCAGUAGAUUAUUGGGAUGGAAGGACGAAAUACAAUGUUGAGGAGGAUGAUGAACAAAAUAAGGCACGUAUGGAACACUGGAAACAAUUUUUGGGUUGUGAGGACGAUACUGAUGAAGAAAUAAAAGACCAAUAA